AUGCUGAAGCCGCCAGGCAAAGCUUGUGCUGUGAAUAGCAGGCCGGCGCUCAGGGCACCUAUCUUUGCUUUCGCCAUCCUCGCCUCGGCUGUGCGCGGCGACGGAGCCCGAAUCGCCGACGAGUCGACAGCCUUUCUUCGCGGAGCUCGCAGUUCCGGCUCGCUCAUCGCUGACGAGGCGACAACCUUCCUUCGCGGAGCGCGCAGUUCUGGCUCGCUCAUCGCCGACGAGGAGGCGCCGCUCGUGCUUCCGCCUCGGCUGGCCGGCCGCCGCCACAGCCGCCGCAAUGGCGUGUGCGGGUGGCAGCAACGUGACUCACGGCGAGCCACCAAACUGCUAGUCUUCACUUGCCUCGUGGGCACAGUCUGCUGGUGGAAUGUGGCCAGCCGGCCGCUGCCGCCACCGAGCGAGGCUGCUGCCUUUGGCGACGUGCUCGCGACUGCGGCGCGGAGAGCCCUCGGCGGAGGGCUGUCUGGAGCGGCCGCGGGCGUGAUCCAGGUCCUCACACUGAUGUGGCUUCGCACCGGCAUGCACUACCAGUACAGGCACGGCGUCUCCACGCGGCAUGCGCUCCGCACGCUCUACUCUGCGGGCGGGAUCCCACGGCUCUACCAGGGGCUCCCCUUCGCUCUGAUGCAGUCACCGCUCGUCCGCUUCGGCGACACGGCCGCCCAGUCGGGCAUGCUCUCGCUCCUCGCCUCCUCGCGCCUCACUCUGAGCGAGCGCACUGCCUGCGCGAGCGCCGUCGCCUCCUGCUGGAGGCUCGCGGUCACUCCGCUCGACUGCGUCAAGACGACGCUGCAGGUGGAGGGGUCUGCCGGCUGGGCGCAGCUCCGCCAGAAGGUGCGGGCACGAGGGAUCGGCGUCUUGUACGACGGCGCGCUCGCCAACAUGGCCGCCUCCUUCCUCGGCGGCUUGCCCUGGUGGCUGACCUUCAACGCCCUCUCCGCCGCUUUGCCCGUGGACGAGGCCUCGCCGAUCGCGGCGCAGCUCGCCCAGCGCGCCGUGAUCGGCUUCCUGUCGACUGCAGUCUCGGAUUGCCUCACCAACGGGCUGCGCGUGCUCAAGACGUCGCGCCAGACGUCGCCGACCUCCCUCUCCUACUCCGCCGCCGCCGCCGCCGUCCUGGCCAAGGACGGUGUGGCCGGCUUGCUCGGGCGCGGGCUGCGGACCAGACUGCUCAUCAACGGGCUGCAGAGCGCGCUCUUCGUGGUCGUGUGGAAGCUGAUCGAGCAGCGGCUUGACGCCACGUGGCUCUCGAGAGGGGGAGGCGGGUAGAGGCGUGGGGUCUGCACUCUCAGACACGCCGGGGUGACCCUCUCUGUAUAUCAAUGCCUAUUCUUCGUUCCAGCGCCAGUCUCCGCAGGGACCGCACCUGUGUUUGUGACAGAGAUGUCAUAAUUUCUUC